AUGGCGACUGCGGACGAGGCUUCCUCUUUCGCCGGGGCCGACACCUCGGAAGAUGAGGCCGUUAUUGAGUCUUUGGUUGCCGGUCGGCAAAAAAGAAGCACAGCCGGGCGAAACAUGUCGUCGCUGCUGGACGCCGCUGCGGAUGAUGACCUCACUCUGCUGUUUGCCGAAGACGAAAAUGACGACGAAUUUGACGAGGACGAAGGAGCCGAUGGUGAUGUCGACGACAUGCGCCUGGACUCGUCAUCUGAAGACGAAGAUGAUCAAGGGCCCAAUGCGGCCGAUGACGAUUUGGAAGGCGAAAGAGAGCUGGAGAAACAAGCCAGAGCGGACCGGAAAAAGCGCAAAGCUCAGGAGUCACUGCGGCUUACAGCUCUGCGGAAAAAAGUCAAGAUCGACUCUCCUAUGGUGGCGACGACUACGACUACGACGGAAACCACACCGCGCCCGAAGAAAAAGUCUGAUCGAGUGUCAUGGCUACCAACGCCCGAAGAGGGACCAGUUCGGUCGUCUUCGCGUCGCCAAACCAUGCAGAACAAGGAGCUCACGCACGCCAGGCUGAAGGACAGCGAGCAAAGGCGGAUCAAGCUUAUUGCAACCAUGGAGCAGGCAGCCAAAAGGAAGCAAAGAAUGAAACCUAAAGUGAUGACUCAGGAAGAACGGCUGGCGGAAGCAGCGAAGAUCGAGCGAUUAAAUAGUAAAAGUCUGAACCGAUGGGAGGAAAUGGAGAAACGAAAGGCCGAGGAGCGCAAGGCUAAGCUUGAGGCGUUGCAGAAUCGCCGGCUUGAGGGGCCUGUUAUGUCUUGGUGGAGUGGGAUUGCGAAGUGGGUUAAUGGGAAGUUGGUGCGCGUGGGCAAUGUCGAGGUCAAGCCAAAGAUCGAAAAGGAGGAAGCAGAACGUAAGAAGAAAACGGCGGCGAAAGAUUCGGCCGCUCAAGAAACACCAAAAAUAAUAGAGACCAAGGCCGCCGAGGUUCCUGCUAUGACAAGCAAUGAUGCUUCUAUACCCUCUCCUGGAGUAUUACCAGCCCCAGAAUCUGCGGUUCCUACGAUUGGCAGCGUGGAGAAUGUGGCGAGGCAAGAUGAUACCGUGCCAACCCCAGCGCUAGAAAAUGAGAAGGCGACGAGCUCACUGGGAUUUCUCGACGGCAUUCACGAGUAUGCGUCUCUCCCUACAAUACCUGCACCCGAGACAGCGGAAGUAGAGGUGAAAGUUCCUACAUCAGGGAACUCGAAACCGGAAACAGCAGAUGACGCUGGGAAACAGCCGGCUGAGGAUGAGGAUGGUGGAACCAAGACCACUUCACAUGAUAAGCUGCCAGUCGACGCGCCCAGUGGAGAUGGAAAAACAGAAGAUGUUCAGGUUGAUGAUACUCCAGCAGGAGCACAGCCCGUCGCAAGUACGAAAAGUGUAUCGGGAGAGAAACUUCAGUCAGAGUCUAAAGUGGCCGAUGGAGAAGCCGGCCAAACGCAGGCAUCGCAAGAUGUGUCUCCAGAAGCUGUGUCAAACGAAGCUAGUGCGGAGACGAAGCAGGCGGAAACCGAGGCAGCAGUAAGAAAAACUACAGAGAAUCCAAGUGGUGCUGACGGCUCGGAAAAUAUCGAGUCAAAAACAGCUCCUGCUGUACCCGCCACUGAAGAAGAAGAAGAAGAAGAAGAAGCCAAACAAACCGAGACACCCGUGCAAGCUGCUGUCACGGAAACGUCAGAGAUGGACAUUGACAAGCCUGUGUCGGUUGCUGAGCCGUCAGCAGCAGGUGAAGCCGAAGCGUCGGCGCCAGAAGCAGCAAAACCCGAGAAAAUAGAGCAGACAGGGCGAAACCUUCUCGUGCUAGAGAACUUUGACAAUUCAACGAUGCAAAGUCGCGAAUACAGCAUCUACUUUAAUUCAAAGAAACCGCCACGUCUAACGAAAAUAUCAUCCCACCUCUGCCCCAUAACAUCGCAGCUAUCUCGGUACCGCGAUCCCGACACAGGGUUGCCGUAUGCGAACAUGGUUGGGUAUCGCGAAAUCCGCAACCUGACAGAGCAAAAAUACACGUGGAGCGGGAUGCUGGGGUGUUACGUGGGCAAUGCAAGUGUGGCGGCAAAGGGGGUGCCCGAGCAAUUUCUUACUGGAGUGAAGCCAUCGCCUCCCAUCUCUGACGACAAGGCCAAGGGAAAGCCGAAGGAGAAGGAGACGGAGAAGGAGACGGGUGAAGGAAGCAUGGAGGUGGGCGCGUGA